UCCCUACAAGUUCCAGUCAAACAGCAUAACUUGAGCUUAGAGACCCAGGGUCUGUUAAGGGUAGGGCAGGCUGAAGGACAGGAGUGAGCCCUUCCCCCUCCAUCUCAGUCUCCAGUUCCUCUUGGAGCCGGAGUCCCUCUGGGAAAGGCGAUGUGCCUGAGUACAACUUGACAGUGAUUCUUGGGGAUUUUCUCUUGACCAGAUAGUGAAGUGCCCACUUCUCUGUAGUGGGUACUUGGAACUUCCAAAGGCUUGUUCUCAAGGGUUCUGAGUGUUGGCUUGAGGCAAUAGUUGAUAAGGAAGAGAAGAGAAGGAAGAAGCCCAGGGUCAAGGCCAAAGAUGCAAAUACUCAGGGAAGGAGCUCUGAACCCUGUGCAGUGGGCGCUCACCUGCUGUGUGAUCUCAGGUUCAUGAACCACCGGGUCCCCGCCCACAAGCGGUACCAGCCCACGGAGUACGAACAUGCCGCCAACUGUGCCACCCACGCUCUCUGGAUCAUCCCCAGCAUCCUCGGAAGCUCCAACCUCUACUUCCUGUCCGACGACAGCUGGGAGACCAUUUCCGCCUCCAUCUAUGGCCUUGGCCUCUGCGCCCUCUUCGUGGUGUCCACCAUAUUCCACACUGUCUCCUGGAAGAAGAGCCACCUCAGGAUGGUGGAACAUUGUCUGCAUAUGAUUGACCGGAUGGUCAUCUAUUUCUUCAUAGCAGCCUCCUACGCGCCCUGGCUGAACCUUCGGGAGCUGGGCCCCUGGGCCUCCCACAUGCGGUGGCUGGUCUGGAUUAUGGCCUCUGUUGGCACCAUCUAUGUCUUCUUCUUCCACGAGCGGUACAAGCUUGUGGAACUGCUCUGCUACGUCGUGAUGGGCUUCUUCCCGGCCCUGGUCAUCCUUUCCAUGCCCAACACUGAGGGUAUCUGGGAGCUGAUGACCGGAGGGGUCUUCUACUGCUUGGGCAUGGUGUUCUUCAAGAGCGACGGCAGGAUCCCCUUUGCCCACGCCAUCUGGCACCUCUUUGUGGCAUUCGGUGCUGGCACCCACUACUACGCCAUCUGGAGGUACCUCUACCUGCCCAGCACCCUGCAAACCAAGGUGUCCAAAUGAGAUGGCCCAGCCCCCGUCCGUCCUUUGGGCUUUGGGAUCGGAGCAUCACUGGACGUGAUCUGUGAACUGUCACCGGAAUCAGUGCCGAGGCCAGUCUGCCCUUCCCUGGACUGAGUUUUUGCAGGGUGUGAGUUUCUUUCUGGUGACAGCCAGGCCAUCCCUGAAGACUGGUAAGAAGGAGAGCUUUUAGUCAUUUCCACGAAGGAGAAACUAACCCUGCCGUGCGUUUCUACCGUAGACGAGCGUUUCCUAACAACAAGCAUUAACGUCUUCAGAAAGCACAGACUGGGGAACCAUGGGCCGAGCCGUGCCUUUGAAGGUCCUGAGGAGUCUAGUGGGUGGCACAGAACCCACUUGCCAGGGCCUCUCUCUGUGCUGCCAAAGUCCCAGCUGGGAAAUUGUCCCCUGUUCGGAUGAGAGGUGGGGCAUCAUACCCUUGACCGUGGAAGAGAGCGCCUGUCAAUCACAGCAUGUGCCUGGGGUCAGAAUUCUUUUCCGCUCAGUGCCCUGGGUGCCCACUACCCAUCGGUUUGGCACUGCGGAUGGAACCUCCCGGCCCGUCCAGUCUGGCGUCCUCUGAAGGGAUCACGGGCAGAGCAGAUGGAAGUCACCGCGGGGCUAAUGGCACUAAUGCCUUCGACUCCCUCUUCCUUUCCCCUUCUGGAGAAGCUCUUGGAGUGGGCAGCUUCGGGCACUAGCGGGAGACUGAGGCACCCCAGCUGGGCAGUCCCCGAUGCCUGCAGGAACCAGAGUUGGUCCUCAGUACCGAGGAGGAGGGAGCAGGAGAGGCGUGGGCACUGCUUCUUGGCCAUUUCUUCUCAUCCCGAAGAGUCCAGAGAAAUGAUGACUCAUUCAUUCAUCAGAGGGGACAAGCAGGUCCCUGGGAACCUGCUCCUCUGCCUGUGGUGGUGCCAACAUUGGGAGUCUCUCCAGGUGCCAGGUCAUGGCUCCUAGAGGCCACUCAGCUGUGCUCCUCGGCCUCACCUGGAUGUGGACCUGUGCAGAGCAUCCAGGUCCUCACCCUCUGGAGGGUUCACCCAGCCAACACGGCAGCCCCCAAAGGCCUGACCCCACAUCCUGCGGGACGGGGCCAGCCUCUCUCUGGACUUUUGCUGGGGAUAGGACAGAAGUGGCCGCCCGGCUCUGGGAUCUGAAUCGGCAUCUCAGAACCUCUGGGUAAUAACACAUCUGUCUCAAGUUUGAAGGUUCUUAUUCCACGACUUCCAACCCGACUGGGGUGGACAAAGCUGGACCGACCUAGGGUGCCUUAUGCUUCCUUCUAGAACAUUCCAGGGCAUUUCUGAGCCCCCGGGGACCUGGAAUCCCGGUGGUCCAAGCCAGUGUUAAAUCAUCUUGACACAUUCCUCAGACAGCUGGCUUCUGAGCGGGGGAUGCCUUGGGCUGGUUCUGUUUACCUGUCCAUGUGUGCCCACCUGCAUAUCUGCCCUCCGUCCCCUGGCAGGUGUCUUGGGUAAGCCUGUCCCUGUGACUCCCUAGGUGUCUCCAACCAGCUGGGGCCAGGACUGGAGGCCAGAGGGAAGGGAAAGAUUUGGAGGCAAGGGCAGCCAGGGAGAGGUUGUCUCCCGCCUGGGGUCAGAGACACAGAGAACCGACUUCUGCCUGGGCCUGAGGCUGGGAAAGGGAGUCCUGGGGGUCCUGAGGUGCUGCGUGGGAAGGAAGUGUGGCACUGUGCCAGGCCAACCAAAAAUCCCGACAUCAGGAUGCUGCGGGGGACGGGCAGGUUCCCAGAAAUAGUGACAGGCGCUGGGAAUGUUGGCUUGGGCUUCUCUAGUGGCCCCUAAGGCUGGGACCUGCAUCUCUCUGUGCUCCUCCUCUUAGGCACUUGAUGGUACAUUUUCCCAAAACAGCCACCCCUGUGUGCCCCUCUUGAGGUGCCAGUCCCUCUGCAGGGAACUUUGUUCACCUCCUUAUCCACCCAACUCCUACACAUCCUUCAAAACCCACCCCAAGCAUCAGCACUGAGGCGCAUGUCCUUGGUCUGACUCCAGGCUCGGCCUCCUGUGCCUCGCUGUCUCGCCUACACCAGUGCUCAGGGACCUGUCUGUCAUCUGGGUACUUGUAUGCUCCAGAAGGGAAGAGCUGUGUCUCCCUAGGCUUGGGGCCAUAUCUGGCAUCCCCAUGUGAGAGCUUCAGUGUCCCCAGCUGUAAGAUGAGUACCUUACAGCUGUACGUCAGCACCUUACAGGGCUGCCUGAAGACACAGCAGGAUAAGGGAAGUGUGACACGGGUCCCUGCACGCUCCUUCGUUCUGCUGGCUGUCCACUGGAGAGGCAAGUCGCGAUAACAAAGAUGACACUCUCAGGGGCAUCAGCCAAAGAAAUGAAUCCCUAAUGGUAGAAUUUCCAACUGUGGUCAGGCUGGUGAGGACUCUGGAAGGCGGCCUUCUGAGGGGUCUUGGUCACCUUUCCUGUCCUAGCUCCAAUUCAGGACAUGCUUCCCAUAAACCCUUUCGCUUCCCAGCAUCAUUCAGAAGUUGAGUUUCCCAGGAUCCAGACCCUGGAUCUCCCCCAGCGCAUCACAAACAGUUCAGAGAAGUUCCAUCUGGCCAGUCCCUCUGGUGGAUAAGGCUGUCUCAGAAGCAUCCUAGGCUGUGUUCCUGUGGUUACCCCAGAAGAAUUGGCAUCAAUAUCACAGAGCUGGCCGGUUGCCAGGGCGCACGCCUGUAAUCCCAGUGGCUGGGGAGGCUGAGGUAGGAGGAUCGCGAGUCCAGAGCCAGCCUCAGGAAAAGUGAGGUGCUAAGCAACUCAGUGAGACCCUGUCUCUACACAAAAUACAAAAUAGGGCUCAGCUGUGGCUCAGUGGUCGAGUGUCCUUGAGUUCAGUCCCUGGUACCCACCGCUUCCCUCCCCCCCCCAAAAAAAAAAAAUCUCAGAGCUGCCUUUCCUCUUGAUUGGAAGUUGAAGGUAUGGCCGUGUGCAAGGCUGAGCUUCUGUCCAUCCCCUGGGGCUCCGCUGGGUAGAAACCCAGGAAAGUUCUAGGCAGUUGGGAGGAGGAUGUGGAGCUGAGAACUGCAUUGGGCCUUGAUUUGAAUUUGAAAGUCGCCUUGGUUGUGGGCGGGGCCACGCACAGUAGGGCGGGGCCAGCACUGAGAACUCUUGGGGAUCUCAGGGUUGCAUCUCCCCUAGGGUCUUUAUCACAGACUGGGAAGCUACCUGUGGGCCUCUCCCUAGACUGCAUAGCCUGAUGUAGACCGUGCUGGCUCUGGGAACAGCAUCGGUGAGGGCCAGAAAGAGCCAAUGACAAUCCCAACAGUCACUUCCAAUGCAGACAAGAAGCAGGAAGUUGUGGAGGUGGGGUUCCCUGUAUGAGCUCCUACUGGGGGGUGGUGGCGGUCUCUGUCUUUGCUAGUGGUUUCCUAGAUGCACCCUGCAUUGAUUGGCUCAGUCUCCCUGUGUGGGGAGGAUCAUUAGAGGAUCUUACAAAGCAGAAAGCCAAAGCACAGAGAGGUCUGGUGACUUUCCCAAGGGCACCCAGCUGAGCAAAGCUUUAAAACCAGGACUAUCUGAUGCCCAAGCAUCCUGCCCUUGGCCUACCUCUGCCGCUUCCUAGGAAACUCACUGCCCCUAAGACUUUUCUCCAAGAAAAAGAGCUGAGCUUAAAAAAUUUUUAAAUAACAUGUGCAGAGAGAAAAAUAAAAUCAAAUAGCAGUUUUUAAAAAUCUCUGAUGUGUUGACAUUUCCAAUUUCCACGAUGUAAAGAAUUCCACCAUGGUCAAUUUCAGGCUACCGGUGUGGCAUAAAGCUGGAAUUGGUGAGCAUGGCAGACCCCUUCCCAGCUUGAGGAGAGGUCUCCUGGGAGGGGAAGGGGGAGAAACCAGGACACCCCCCCCAUGCACAGAUCCCUCUGAUCAACUCAACAUAGGGAACUAAAACCAGAGAAUUCUGGUGGCACAGGAACACCAGACGUGGCUUAGAGGUGCUCUCCAAAACAGUAGCCUCUAGUUGCAGGUGGGUAUCUAAACUUAUGCCAAUUAAAAUGAAAUCAAAAUGAAAAUCCAUUCCCCUCAGGUGCACUAGCCUCGUGUUAAGGGCUUACUGGGGACACGUGGCGAGUGGCUACCAUUUUGGGCCACACCAACCAGAACGAUUUCCAUCAUUGCUGAAAGCGACUGGCCAGGGCAGGUGGCUCAGCGGCUCUCCCGUGUUCUGGCCUUGGGACUUCUUUAAAAUUAUUGACAACACCAAAGAGCCUUAGUUCAGGUGGUCUGUGUCUAUUGUCAUUCAUCAGACUAGAAAUUAAAACAUUAAAAAAGUAACUGUUAACUCAUUUAAAGGGAACAAACCCGUUACAUGGUAACAUGAGCAACCUAUUUUCCUAUUAGAAAUAACUUCCCCCCCCCCCAAACAAAGUCCAUGUGGGCAGGAGGGGUGUGCACUUUUGUGAAUCUCUUGCAUGUCUGAUUUUGCAGAAGACACAGGAUUCUCCCAUCUGCCUUUGUAUUUGGUCGGCUGCGAUGUCACGAUGUCACAGUCCGGUAGCUGCUGGAAAUCGGUGGUGUACCUGUGGGAAAGAGUGAGAGGGACAGGACAAUGUCCUGGUAUUAUUAUGAAAAUAGCGAGGCUUUGUGAACCCCCUGGCAGGGUGUUGGGGAUCUCCAGGGUGGCCCGCAACAUACACUGGUGUUCUAGAACCACUGGUCUAGAAUCUUCCCCUUCACUUUGCACCUGGACAAUGUUCAUAGACCAGGCUACCCCGUUUCAGCCAUUGUAGCUUAGGUUAGCCAAGAGGUGGCAGGUGACCUCUGACGAGGGACCCUGCAGGUCGUCAGAGCUCAUGUCUAGGUCGUGCGAAGGUUCAGACAAGCCGUGACGAGGGCCUUUCCGUAGACAUCCCCCUGCCAUACUGAGGCACUUUUAUCUAGGUCGCCUCAUGCUUCCUGUGCCGUGCAUGCCGUUCUUCAGGCGACAUGGUUGGAGGUGGGAGAGAAGGUGAGAGUUGUGGAGGACGCUACUCAAGGCAGAGCCAUAAGGGGCCCUGCAGCAAGGGCCUGCCACCCUCUGGAGUGCUGCUGCAGGACUAAGGAGGGGGUGCUGGCGUUCCUGCAAGCUCCGGAGGUGGGUGGUCAACUACUCAGCCACGUUGCAAGCCAGGAGCCUCUGGGAGCCUGAACUUGGCUAAGGCGAGUCUUGGCAUCACGGUAGCAGGCAGAGGCUGCACUCAGUCUCAUGGUUUUGGAGAACCAAGUGACCCACCAGCACCGCCUGCACCACGCAUCUCCCCAGUUCCUGAGGUCAUGCAUGCACUUAGGAACACGUACAGAUUCACAUCCAUGUUCUUAUAUAUUUUGCCCCCCCCCCCCAAAACCUGGCAAGAAGAAAUGUCUGUUUCCAUUGCGUGCAGAGACAGAGGCUGCCCAGAGAGGUUCAGAGACCUAUCCCUGGUCACCCAGCCAGAGCAGGGCAGGACUGGAGCACAGCUCAGGUUCUUGGGUGUCUUGUCCUUCCUCUUUCUGGGUAGGGGCUGUUUUGCUCCCCAAAAGCUGAGGUCCAGGCAGCAGGUGAAGCCCACCCCCACCAACCAGGCCUCGGUAGCUCGCCUCCCACUGCCAUGUCACAGGCUCUGCCAGCUUUGCCCCAGCUCCGAGAGAUCUGAGGGGGCACACUCACGUUCCUGUGCCUGGUCAGGCCACCUCAUAGCUGUGGUAGGGGAGGAUGCAGCAGCCCUUAUAGGAAGGGUUUACCUGCAGUGGCGUGUCUUGCUCCUUCUGUGACCCGGGUCAGGCUCCAGGUGACACAGGCGGCUGUCCUUCCCACGCACCCCAAGUGAUGUCAGUGUUUUCACCUUUUUAAUGAAGACCGGUUCUUAGAAUUUAUGUCUCACACUGUGAUUCUGGUUUUCACAUCCGUCACUGCAAGGGCCUGGGGGAUUC